UAUCAACCUCUCUCUCUCUCUCUCUCUCUCAAAAUCUCUCAGUUGUAGAGCCUUUGCUCUUUCUCUCUGAUUCUUUGUUUUAUCGUUUGAGCUAUAUAUAUAUAUAUCAAUCAACAUGAGUGCAGUCGUGGUCGAGAUUGAGGGUCAACAGCUUACCAACGACCUGGACAAUCUGUCGGUCCAAGAGCAGAGGGUAAUGCAGAGUACAGGGGGGGAGGGUCAACAAGUGAGUUGUGAGAAUCAUCAUGGAAUUUGUGCCAUCUGUUUGAAUAAGAUAGUGCUUCAAGAAACUGCUCUUUUGAAAGGUUGCGAGCACGCCUACUGUGUGACAUGCAUCCUACGAUGGGCCACAUACAGAGAGAAACCGACAUGCCCUCAGUGUAAACUUCCAUUUGAGUUCCUCAAUGUCCACCGCUCACUUGAUGGAAGCAUCCAUGAUUAUAUGUACGAGGAGAGCGUGUGCUUGCUCCUUAGAGCCUCAUGGUUUAAGCCCUUAAUUGUUGAAGAACGGGAAGAACUAGAAGAUGAAGGAGAAGCUUAUUAUCCAUAUGAGGAUGACGAUGAGGAGGAUUUGGAUGAAGCUUAUUUCAACCGUUCAUCAAGUCUUCGGAUUGGUAACCGGAGAUGGGGAGAUAAUGGAUAUGUUAGGGGAGGAAGACAAGAAGCAAGGCCAGUUCAUCGACCGAACCCACAUAACUCAAGUGCUGGUCCAUCCCGUGAGCCUAAGAAGAAAGAAGUUGCUGUGAAAGAUGCAUUGGUGGGACGAAGGGCCAAGAGGGCACUGAAGCGUGAAGCUGCUGAUAAGGCGGCUGCUGCAAAACACGAGCAGCAUUUGGUGAGGUUGGGUCGGAAGUAGUUGAGUAUAUUUCCUUGGAUUCAAUCCAUUGUACAGUAUUUCCUUGCUUUUAAGUUCGAGCAAUGAAGACAUGGUUCGGUAGUAGGAAUCUUGGAAUGAUGGGCUGAAUCACUGCCCAGUUGUUGUGUUCCUCGAGAUUUACGUAUCUGAUUAUGAAUUGUAUUCACAAAAUCACAGUUCUUUUUUAAUUUAGCAUAGUGAUGUAUAUUAUUCCAUUUAUUGUAUCUAUGCAAAUGGGUCGGUCUGCGAAUCCAGAUUUAUCAUGAACACCAUAAUCUUGUAGGAGGCGAAUUCUGUUGCAACUAGUUUGGCAGUUAUUUUUGUAUCAGUUGAUUUCCUUUUCCUUCU